GUUCCGCGGCCACUAAGGCCCCUGGAGGCGGGAUGACCGCCUUCCCAAGGCCUGCACGGAGCCCCACCUCUGGCAGGGGACCCAGGUUAGAGCCUAGGUCAAGAAGUAAGUGGAGCCAAGACAAGGAGACACAGGGUAGGGUUGGAGGGGUCUUGUUCCUGUCCCUGUCAGCUUCAGGAACAGUUAAGCACAUUGUGUGUGUGUGU